AGAAGAAAAAACAUGGCGGACAGCCACUAGCUCAAUCCACAUAAAACAAUACACAAACAUUUCAAAGCAAGGUAAACAGACUAAUAUAUUGUUUACACGCUAUACUCUUUUUAACAAACACAUUUUUUAGCUGGUAAUUUAGCUAGCAUUUAUUGAUGAUGAUGUAUUUAUAAUCAGGCCAACGAUAGAUGGCGAACAUUAAGUCUUCCCGUUAGCGUGCUGUGUUGACGGAGCUAGCUAUCUGUUCGAGCAUGCCCAUGUUAUUAGCUUGGAGUGAGCCCUGAGUGUGUUUGGGUGGGUGACCGAGGUCUGCUGACAGCUGGGGCCACCUCUUUGUUGUACCCUGUCGUCUGCCUCCAACGCCAACCCCCUGCCUGGCCGACAGAAGUGGAGAGCGUUAAGCGCAAUCCGUGGGGAAGUCAACCUGAGCAUCCACAGAUGAAAGAGUGGACUAUUGUGUCUUGAACUUAGUAUUACUGGAGCAUGAAGAAACCAGUGCCACAAAAAGCUAUUGAGUGGAGAGAUGGCAGGCGGAUCAAGCAUGCCCGAAGUGGCCGUCCCUCCCGGGUCCCAUCGCAGUACCAAGGAGGGCACUUCAGUUGGGACAAAUACCUAAAGGAAACAGGUGCUAGUGCUGCACCUGCCCACUGCUUCAGACAGGGUGCAACACCUCCAGUGAAUGAGUUCAAGGCGGGCAUGAAGCUGGAGGCGCAGGACCCUCGGAAUACAACGUCAACCUGCAUUGCAACAGUGGUGGGCCUGACGGGAUCGCGGCUGCGUCUGCGCCUUGACGGCUCCGACAACAAGAACGACUUCUGGCGCCUGGUGGACUCGUCUGAAAUCCAGCCUAUCGGCAACUGCGAGAAGAACACGGGCAUGCUGCAGCCGCCAUUGGGCUUCCGUCUGAACGCAUCCUCCUGGCCCAUGUUCCUUCUAAAAACACUCAACGGAGCCGAAAUGGCCCCAGCACGCAUCUUUCACAAGCAGGAGCCCCCGGUCCCAGAGCAGAACUCCUUCCAGGUAGGCAUGAAGCUGGAGGCAGUGGACCGCAAGAACCCCCACUUCAUCUGCCCGGCCACGGUGGGGGCACUGCGUGGCGUGGAGGUGCUCGUCACCUUCGACGGCUGGCGGGGUGCUUUCGACUACUACUGCCGCUACGACUCCCGGGACAUCUUCCCCGUGGGCUGGUGCUCUCUCACCGGGGACAACCUGCAGCCGCCUGGCACCAAAGCAGUGCUACCCAAGACCCUCGGUUGCCUUUCAGACGGUAGCGAGGGAACAGCCAUGCACCCCAUGCCAGGACAGCCGCCUGGCCAACGGGGACGCAAGCCAGGCUGCAGGAAAGCCAAGCUGACAGGGCCCUGGGGGCAGAAGGGGGCCGGAGUAGGACCACAGGCCCCCCCGUCUGGAAAGGGACUGGAGCCUAUCAAGGUCCCCAAGAAGAGAGGCCCUAAACCGGGGAGUAAGUUGGGCUGGGCGAAGAGAGAAGGCUGGCUGGAGGGUGCCAUGGCAGGCCCAGGGCGACCCGUGUCCCGGCCCAGAGGGAGGCUGCCAGCCAACUGGGCCCAGAGGAUGGCACUGCAGGAGGGACAAGUGGAGUCUAUCAAGAUCCCCAAAAAGAGAGGGCCCAAGCCCGGCAGCAAGAGAAAACAGCGGGUGGUGCCCAACCCCAUGCCCGUUUCCCCCAACAGCCGUAUGCCAGAGCCAGACACCAGCACGGUGCCUCUGGACAACGCCACCAUCCCCAGCGCCGCCUUGCAUGCUGCCACAGUGUGUGUCUACCUGAACAAGUAUGGGAAGGUGGGACCCCACUUGGACGGGAGGCGGGUGCAGCAGCUGCCCGACCACGUUGGUCCAGGCCGGGCUUCCUCGGUGCUACAGCAGUGUGUCCAGGCUUGUGUGGACUGUGCCCACAACCAGAGCUCUGUCUUCUCCUGCCUCAAGCCAGGUCACGGAGGAGAGGUCAUAUCAGCCCACUUCGACCACCAGCACCAUACCCUCACCCUGCCCACGGUCAACAGCGUCACGCACGUCCUGCACUUCCUGGAGAAACUCUGUCACAACCUCUACUGUGACCCUCUGUUUGGGAGCCAGCCCAUCCCUAGAGGGGGCCUGCAUUACGACAGCCAUGCCUACCCAGAAAGGAGAAGUUUUAGGGAGGGCCUCACGACGGGUCCAGGAAGAGGCUCCAAGCGGUUCCUUCAAGAAUCCUACUACAGCCCCCUCCCCCACAAGUUGGCCAAAAACCUCUGCCUCUCCUCGGAAGGUGAGCCUUUCCUCAUGGAGAAUGGUGUAGGGGGGUCGGAGCACUUAAAGAAGAGCCCCCUGUCCCCGGGCUCGACAGGGCAGCCUCUGAGCCUGCGGUUCCCCACCAAGUUGCUACAUCUCAACUCUUCAGGCUCUGAGCGUUUCAGAGAGUGCCCCCGGCCCAGUGGCCAGGACCCCAACCUGUGGACGGUAGAGGACGUCAUGCAGUUCAUCAGAGACAUAGACCCUCUACUGGCCCCCCACGCAGAUCUCUUCAGAAAACACGAGAUUGAUGGCAAAGCCCUCCUGUUACUACGCAGCGACAUGAUGAUGAAAUACAUGGGCUUGAAGCUCGGGCCUGCCCUCAAACUCACAUUCCACAUCGACAGGUUCAAACAUGGACGCCCUUAUUGAGCUCAUCAGCGUCCCCCCACCCCGCAACCCUGCUACUUCUACUCCCUCCCCCCUCCCCUCUACAGGAUAUAAUGCACUGCAUACUACUGGACUGACCUAGGCUACGAUACUUAGUGUCAUAUAUCCCCCUCCCUUUCCCUGCCGCAUCUAUAAGAAGCCCUGUUGCGAACUUCUCUUAUUUAGAUUUUAUUUCUGUUGUGUGGCACAAUCCAGCCCUACGGCAGCAUGGGAUAUUGGAUAUGCAGACUGACUGACUCGCCCACAUAUCCUCCUCAUCCAUCAUGUUACUCGCCUGUUUUUCUAUUCCAUAUUCUCUUACAACAACAAUGAUGCCCUCCCUGUGUGUAGCCAUUUUUUACUGUAAUGGCCAUUUUAGGCCCGAGUUUUUAUUACAUCGUUUCUUUUUGUUUGAUCAAGUACAUUUCUUUUUUGUACCCUCCCUGAAAAUAAGGACUUGCAUUAAGCCAUUUUCACCGUUUUGUAUUAAAUAUGUAUACUGAACAAAAAUAUAAAUGCAACAUGUAAAGGGUUGGUCCCAUGUUUCAUGGGCUGAAAUAAAAGAUCCCAGAAAUGUUCCAUACGCACAAAAGCUUAUUUCUCUCAAAUCCUUUUUAGUGAGCAUUUUUAAUUUGCCAAGAUAAUCCAUCCAGGUGUAGCAUAUCAAGAAGCUGAUUAAACAGCAUGAUCAUUACACAGAUGCACCUUGUGCUAGGGACAGUAAAAGGCCACUCUAAAAUGCACUGCUUUGCCACAGAUGUCUCGUUUUGAGGGAGCGUUCAAUUGGCAUGCUGACUGCAGGAAUGUCCACCUAUAGCUGUUGCCAGAUAAUUUAAUGUUCAUUUCUCUACCAUACGCCGCCUCCAAUGUAAUUUUAGAGAAUUUGUCAGUACGUCCGACUGGCCUCACAACCGCAGACCACGUGUAACCACGCCAGCCCAGGACCUCCACAUCUGACUUCUUCACCUGUGGGAUCGUCUGAGACCAUGUCGCAAAGAUCUGUACAGAGUUCCUGGAAGAUGAAAAUGUCCCAGUUCUUCCAUGGUCGGCAUACUCACCAGACAUGUCACCCAUUGAGCAUGUUUGGGAUGCUCUGGAUUGACGUGUUCGACACCGUGUUCCAGUUCCCACCAAUAUCCAGCAACUUCGCACAGCCAUUGAAGAGUGGGACAACAUUCCACAGACUAUAAUCAACAGCUUGAUCAACUCUGCGAAGGAGAUGUCUCGCGCUGCAUGAGGCAAAUGGUGGUCACACCAAAUACUGACUGGUUUUCGGAUCCACGUCCCUACCUUCUUUUAAAGCUAUCUGUAUUGCCAGUCAUGUGUAAUCCAUAGAUUAGGGCCUUUCUUUAUAUGAACUGUAACUUAGUAAAGUCUUUGAAAUUGUUGCAUGUUGCGUUUAUAUUUUUGUUCAGAGUCAUUAAUUCCAGAAAAAAAACACUAUGUUUCUCCCAGCUGUUUGGGAGUUGUUUGGAGGCAUGGUUUUCAAACAGUAUGACACACUACAUUAUAAAAACACAUUAUAUUGUGCUGAAGUUUACAAUGACUCGUUAUUUGUACUUUUUAAAUUUUUAUACUAUAUUAUUAGAGUUCAUACAUUGAGAGCUUUAUCAUACGCAUUAAUGUUCAAUAAAUAUAUAAUAAAUGUU